CUGCCGCCGCCGCUGUCAGUCGGUCGGUGCCGCGGAUCCCGGCGCCGGGUCCAUGGGGCCGCAGUGAGGAGCCGCCCCCGCCCCCGCCCCCGGCCCGGACAUGGCCGACCCGGCCCCCGCCCGCAGCCUGGAUGACAUCGACCUCUCCGCCCUCAGGGACCCUGCCGGCAUAUUCGAACUGGUGGAGGUGGUCGGGAACGGGACGUAUGGACAGGUCUACAAGGGCCGCCAUGUCAAGACAGGGCAGCUGGCAGCCAUCAAAGUCAUGGACGUCACCGAGGACGAGGAGGAGGAAAUCAAGCAGGAGAUCAACAUGCUGAAGAAAUACUCCCACCACCGCAACAUCGCCACCUACUACGGCGCCUUCAUCAAGAAGAGCCCGCCCGGGAACGACGACCAGCUGUGGCUGGUGAUGGAGUUCUGCGGGGCCGGCUCCGUCACGGACCUGGUGAAGAACACGAAGGGCAACGCGCUGAAGGAGGACUGCAUCGCCUACGUCUGCCGGGAGAUCCUGCGGGGCCUGGCUCACCUGCACGCCCACAAGGUGAUCCACCGGGACAUCAAGGGACAGAACGUGCUGCUGACGGAGAACGCCGAGGUGAAGCUGGUGGAUUUCGGGGUGAGCGCCCAGCUGGACCGGACGGUGGGGCGCAGGAACACCUUCAUCGGCACCCCCUACUGGAUGGCCCCCGAGGUGAUCGCCUGUGACGAGAACCCCGACGCCACCUAUGACUACAGGAGCGACAUCUGGUCCCUGGGCAUCACUGCUAUCGAGAUGGCCGAGGGGGCACCACCUCUGUGCGACAUGCACCCGAUGCGAGCGCUGUUCCUCAUCCCCCGCAACCCACCGCCCAAGCUCAAGUCCAAGAAAUGGUCCAAGAAAUUCAUCGACUUCAUAGACACCUGCCUGAUCAAAGCCUACAUGAGCCGCCCGCCCACGGAGCAGCUGCUGAAAUACCCCUUCAUCCGCGACCAGCCCACGGAGCGCCAGGUCCGCAUCCAGCUCAAGGACCACAUCGACCGCUCCCGCAAGAAGAGAGGAGAGAAGGACGAGACGGAGUACGAGUACAGCGGCAGUGAGGAGGAGGACGACAGCCACGGGGAGGAAGGGGAGCCCAGCUCCAUCAUGAACGUGCCGGGCGAGUCGACGCUGCGGCGCGAGUUCCUGCGCCUGCAGCAGGAGAACAAGAGCCACUCGGAGGCGGCGCUGAAGCACCAGCAGCAGCUGGCGGCCCAGCACCGCGACUCCGAGGCCCACAUCAAACAGCUGCUGCACGAGCGCCAGCGCCGCAUCGAGGAGCAGAAGGAGGAGCGCCGGCGCGUGGAGGAGCAGCAGCGGCGGGAGCGGGAGCAGCGGAAGCUGCAGGAGAAGGAGCAGCGGCGGCUGGAGGACAUGCAGGUGCUGCGGCGGGAGGAGGAGCGGAGGCAGGCUGAGCGCGAGCAGGAGUAUAUCAGGCACAAGUUAGAGGAGGAGCAGAGGCAGCUAGAAAUCCUCCAGCAGCAGCUACUGCAGGAACAGGCCCUGCUACUGGAGUACAAGCGGAAGCAGCUGGAGGAGCAGCGGCAGUCGGAGCGGCUCCAGCGCCAGCUGCAGCAGGAACACGCCUACCUGAAGUCCCUGCAGCAGCAGCAGCAGCUCCAGAAGCAGCAGCAGGGGGCGCCGGCGAGCGAGAAGAAGCCGCUCUACCACUACAACCGGAGCGGCGCCCACGCCGCCGACAAGCCCGCCUGGGCCCGGGAGGUGGAGGAGCGGACGCGGCUGAACAAGCAGAACUCGCCGGCGGCGCAGACCAAGCUGGGCGGCACCGCGUCCGAGCCGGCCCUGCAGACGCGCUCGGAGUCCGUGGCCCUGGGCUCCGGCCCCGCGGCCCAGAGCCCCCCCAUGCAGCGCCCCGUCGAGCCGCAGGAGGGGCAGCACAAGAGCCACCUGGCGCACCGCGUGCCGCUGAAGCCCUACGCCGCGCCGGUGCCGCGCUCCCAGUCCCUGCAGGACCAGCCCACCAAGAACGUGGCGGCCUUCCCGGUGCAGGACCCGGCGCCCCCCCGCGCCCCCAUGAUCCGCCAGAACUCGGACCCCACCUCGGAGACGCCCGGCCCGCCCGCCCGGCCCGGCCCCGCCGACCCGCGGGGGCCCUGGGGCCGCGCCGAGCUGGAGGCCCCGCCCAAGGUGCCCCAGCGAACGUCGUCCAUCGCCACCACGCUCAACGCCAGCGGGGCCGGGGGCGGCGCCCGGCAGGGCCACGCCGUCAGAGCCAGACCCCGUAGCAAGUCGGCCUGGCACAUCCACAUGCACAGCCGGCCGCAGCGGGUGCUGCCCGCGGGCCCCCCUCCCCAGCCGCCCAGGCGGGGGCAGCGCCGGGCCCCGGCCCCCAUGCCGAGCACCAGUAGCAACCCGGACCUGCGGCGCAGCGACCCCGGCUGGGAGCGAGCCGACAGCCUGCUGCAGGCGGGCAGCGCCAACCUGCCCCAAGCCGGCUCCCUGGAGCGCAACCGCAUAGGGGCCGCGUCCAAGAGGGAGAGCUCCCCCAUCCUGGCCCCGGUCAGCAAGCCCAAGGCGGAGGAUCACCGCUCGCGCCCCGGCCGGCCCGCGAGCUAUAAACGCGCCAUCGGCGAGAACUUUGUGCUGCUGAAGGAGCGGCCUGAGGAGCCCCCCAAGCCCCCCAAGAAGGCCAUGGACUAUUCCUCCUCCAGCGAGGAGCCGGACAGCAGCGAGGAGGAGGACGACGAGGCCGAGGGGGAGCCGCAGGACGGGGCGGGGGAGCCCGCCGGGGCCAGGCCGAGCGGGGACGGCGACACAGACAGUGUCAGCACCAUGGUGGUGCACGAGGUGGAGGAGCCGUCGGGAAGCGGGUCGGAGAGCGGCUCCUACGGCGGGGACGGCACCAUGCUGGUGCAGCGGACCCCCGAGGAGGAGCGCAGCCGGCUCCACGCCGACAGCAACGGCUACACCAACCUGCCGGAUGUGGUGCAGCCCAGCCACUCGCCCACCGAGCCCAAGGGCCAGGGCUCCCCCGGCAAGGACAGCGCCGGCGACUACCAGUCGCGGGGGCUGGUCAAGGCCCCUGGCAAAAGCUCCUUCACCAUGUUUGUGGACCUGGGCAUCUACCAGACCACGGGCAGCGGGGACACCGUCCCCAUCACCGCGCUGGUGGGGGCCGACCCCAGGCAGCUGGAGCAGCUGCAGCUGGAGGUGCGCAAGGGCUCGGUGGUGAACGUGAACCCCACAAACACGCGGCCCCACAGCGACACCCCCGAGAUCCGCAAGUACAAGAAGCGUUUCAACUCGGAGAUCCUGUGCGCCGCCCUGUGGGGGGUGAACCUGCUGGUGGGGACGGAGAACGGGCUGAUGCUGCUGGAUCGCAGCGGGCAGGGCCGGGUCUACGGGCUCAUCAGCCGCCGCCGCUUCCAGCAGAUGGACGUGCUGGAGGGGCUCAACCUGCUCACCACCAUCUCGGGGAAGAGGAACAAGCUGCGGGUCUAUUACCUGUCCUGGCUGCGCAACAAGAUCCUGCACAACGACCCCGAGGUGGAGAAGAAGCAGGGCUGGACCACCGUGGGCGACAUGGAGGGCUGCGUGCACUACCGCGUGGUGAAGUACGAGCGCAUCAAGUUCCUGGUGAUCGCCCUGAAGAACUCGGUCGAGGUCUACGCCUGGGCCCCCAAACCCUACCACAAGUUCAUGGCCUUCAAGUCCUUCGCAGACCUGCCGCACCGGCCGCUACUGGUGGAGCUGACAGUGGAGGAGGGUCAGAGGUUAAAGGUCAUUUACGGGUCGUGCGCCGGGUUCCACGCCAUUGACGUGGACUCGGGAAACAACUAUGACAUCUACAUCCCCGUGCACAUCCAGACGCAGGUCACGCCCCACGCCAUCAUCUUCCUGCCCCACACGGAGGGGAUGGAGAUGCUGCUCUGCUACGAGGACGAGGGCGUCUACGUCAACACCUACGGGCGCAUCAUCAAGGACGUGGUGCUGCAGUGGGGGGAGAUGCCCACCUCCGUGGCAUACAUCUGCUCCAACCAGAUCAUGGGCUGGGGCGAGAAGGCCAUCGAGAUCCGCUCCGUGGAGACGGGGCACCUGGACGGGGUUUUCAUGCACAAGCGGGCCCAGCGCCUCAAGUUCCUGUGUGAGCGCAACGACAAGGUUUUCUUCGCCUCCGUCCGCUCGGGGGGCAGCAGCCAGGUUUACUUCAUGACACUCAACAGAAACUGUAUCAUGAACUGGUAAGGCCCCGCCCCCAGCGCUGGCCCCGCCCCUGGAGGGAAGGGGCGUGGCCGCCUCCGACACUGGAUCCCUACGCCAGAGACUCCGCCCCCACAGCCAGCGAGGAUCAGGACCGACCAAUCAGCAGAACCGAUGCCUUGAUCCCCUUCCCCCUCACCCGUGUCUGAUGCUGCUUGGGGGGGGCCUCUCCAUGGUGACAGUGUCCCUCCCCCUUUGACUGACUGACAGACUGACUGACUGACAGACUGCCCCCCGCUUCGCUCGCCCCUCCCCUGACUCCAUGGGGACCUGCUCUGUUCAUAGCCUGACCCAAAUCUCAGCGCCGGGCCAGGGGUCCCCGGGUAACCGGCCGCCCCGCCCCAGAGGUGGGCGCAUCUCAGCGCCGGGCGAGGGGUCUCUGGGUAACCGGCCGCCCUGCCCCAG